UUGGCAAUGCUGACUAUGAUCUAGUAGGUACUAGAUAGUCAGUCAGAUAGGUUAUGAGACACAGCCAGUGUUUUACUCCAGAAGAGGGGAUUGUAUUUUAUUCUAGUCAGUGGCUGUCUCUCCUCACCCGUCAGGUCUAUCAGUAACUCGUCUGAACGGGGAAACUUCAGAUAAAGCACAGGGAAUAAGGGAAGAGCUGUUAGACGUCGGACCAUGCGGGCGGCAUUUUGGACGCUUCUUUGUAUUUUCAUGUUUUCCUUUCGUGCUUUUAAAGCUUUCGCAGCUAUUUAUCAGGUUCCAGUGAGACUGCAGCGCACAGUGUCGGAACACAACACUGGAGCAAACAAACUCAACAGGAACUGGUGUCAGUACACUGUACAGAAGACCGUUUCAUGCCAGACUCAAAAUGGGACAGAGACUGUCGUGCAGCGGCUGUUUCAGAGUUGCCGAUGGCCUGGACCAUGUUCAAACCUCAUCAGCUACAGAUCUCUGGUGAGACCCGUGUACAGAGUGACCUACAGGAAAAUCACAUCUCUGGAAUGGCGAUGUUGUCCAGGAUUCCAUGGAGAAGACUGCAGAGAGGAAUGCAUGAACUGUACUGGGUAUGCUGACAUCAAAGAGCGCUUGAGUGUCAUUGAAGCUCAGAUAAUGUUACUCCGAGAUCCUGAGGCCCCUCUUCUUCCUCUGUUCACCCAAUCACCUCAGAGAACAGCUGAUAAUGAGGUAGACAGGGCACACCCCUCGCCAAUAACACCCAAUGCAAUUGGCCGGCCAGGACCAAGAGGGCAACCAGGACCAGCUGGGCCACCAGGUUCCCCUGGACCUCCCGGACCUUUAGGAAAGAUAGGGUUUUCUGGAAAACCUGGUCCUGUAGGACCUAGAGGAGCUCAAGGGCUGCAAGGACCACAAGGUGAAAGAGGCCUUCCUGGGCCACCUGGGCCCCCAGGGCACUUCUCCAUCAGGGGAGAUGUUUUCACUCUAAUGGCUAAAAAACAUGCCCAGUAUGAAGAUAGUGACUUUGCUGCCUAUCGUGACCUGCAGGCUUUUCUUGGUCCCCCUGGGCCCUCCGGCCCUCCUGGUCCUCCAGGACCUGCUGGACCACCUGGACACCCAGGUGUUCCAGGGAAAAAUGCUGCCUUAAGCAUUGCAGGCACACCAGGUGACAGGGGACCCAAAGGAGAUCCAGGAGAAAGAGGUCCAUCUGGGAUAACAGGAAAGCAAGGGCAGCCUGGUGUUCCGGGUCCAAAAGGAGAACCUGGCGAGACUCCAGGAGAGGUGCAGCAGCUGAGGGAAGCUCUGAAGAUUCUGGCCGAGAGGGUUCUCAUUCUAGAGCACAUGAUCGGCAUUCAUGAUACUCUGUUGGACUCCGGUUCUGGAAAAGAUCUCCUGGCGGACUUCAUGCUAACAGGCAGUGCUAAAAAUGUUGUCGCUGCCAGACCCUCAUCUCCUCUUACCUCAGACAGAGAGUCGCCGGACUCUGUUGGGUAUGAAGAGUAAAUAACAAACACUUGUGACCACAAGGCCUUUAUCUCCUGUCUGUGGCUUUGAAGGACAGCUCCAUAUUUGUUUAUGAGUAUGAUAAGAGUGGCACUGAUUUUUUUCUAUUUUAUUUACUUGAUGUAUUUUGUUUAAUUGUAAUAUUCUUCUUUUUUUACAUUUUGAAAUCACUGUAUUUACCUGUUGAAAAUGUGUUUUCUUUGCCAUUCAUGACCCGUUUUACUUCCGUUUACUUAAGGGCAGGCCUUUAUUUUAGUCAUUAGGAAAUAAUUGGAUGGUGAAAAGUGGGCACUACUUACCAGAAUGAAGUCGGCACGAAUGUGAGUUUGCUAUUUUGUUAUUGAUUAGAAGUGUUCAGUACCCUGUGUUGCAUAAGUAAUGUCAGCAAAAAAAAA